AUGCCUCGCGCUAAGACGAACAACGAUGGCGCAGUGCUAUUGAAAGACGUCCUCCGACGCAACGGGGAAGAACACUUGUACGACGAAGCCCUAAGGCUGACGAAGCAUGCCGCCACAGACCCCCCUGUUAUCUUCGACUGGAAACACGUGGACAAGUUCGUUCAAGGAAUUGUUGCAGCCAACACCCAAGCUGCUGAAGGAGAUGCCCCUCUGGCGCUGCUCGCCUACGAUUACGACGGGAAGGCUGAUCCGUUAGGAACCACAUGCCGGCCCUGCGAUUGUGGUGAGGCAACCCGCGCGGUCGAAUGCCUUGGUCGUUUGAACGAGCAUCCGUGGACGCAGCAUAUCAUCGCUGUUGGAGGGGCUGGCAAUGUCCUGCCCGUUGCCGAUCUGUACGCGCCCAAGCCUCGCACGAACAAGCUGGAGCACGCGAUUCGCCCACGCCCCAACGGACUGUGGAACAUGAAGUGA